CAGAAAGGGAGGAGCCAGUGGGAAGAUCCUCCCGCAGUAAUCUGCCAAGGAAUUGUUCAAGGAACGGCAAGGAGGCCAGAGUGACUGGAGCCAUGGGGUAGGUGGUAGUAGAUGAGGCUGUUAGGGUAAGGAAGAGCAGACCAUGUAGGGCUUUGGCUUCUACUGAGUCAAAUGGAACACCUCUCGGAAGGUUUUGAGUAGGGGAGAGAUUCCAUCUGGGUUUUACUUGAGGUCAUUCUGGCUGCUGAAUGGGAACCAAUCACAAGAAGACCAUGGAGACCCCUGGAAUGACUCAGCUGCUGAAGGAAGAGGCCAGGAUGAAUGCACAGCCUGAGAGGAAGUUUGGCGUGGUGGUGGUUGGCGUUGGCAGAGCCGGCUCCGUGCGGAUGAGGGACUUGCGGAAUCCACAUGCUUCCUCGGCGUUUCUGAAUCUGGUUGGCUUCAUAUCCAGACGUGAGCUUGGGAGCAUUGAUGAAGUUCAGCAAAUUUCUUUGGAAGAUGCUCUUUCCAGCCGAGAGGUUGAGGUCGCCUAUAUCUGCAGCGAAAGCUCUAGCCAUGAGGACUACAUCAGGCAGUUCCUUAAUGCCGGCAAGCAUGUCCUUGUGGAGUACCCCAUGACGCUGUCUCGGGCAGCAGCUGAGGAACUGUGGGCGCUGGCUGAGCAGAAAGGAAAAGUCUUACACGAGGAGCAUAUUGAACUCUUAAUGGAGGAGUUUGCCUUCCUGAAGAAAGAAGUGGUGGGGAAGGACUUGCUGAAAGGGUCACUUCUCUUUACAGCUGGCCCGUUGGAAGAACAGCGGUUUGGCUUCCCUGCAUUCAGUGGCAUUUCUCGACUGACCUGGCUGGUGUCCCUCUUUGGGGAGCUUUCUCUUGUGUCUGCCACUUUGGAAGAAAGAAAGGAAGAUCAGUAUAUGAAAAUGACUGUGAACCUGGAGACAGAAAACAAACGUCCACUGUCGUGGAUCGAAGAGAAAGGACCUGGUAUAAAACGAAACAGAUAUUUAAGCUUCCAUUUCAAGUCUGGGUCUCUGGAGAAUGUGCCAAAUGUAGGAAUCAAUAAGAACAUUUUCCUGAAAGAUCAAAAUAUAUUUGUCCAGAAACUCUUAGGCCAGUUCUCUGAGGAGGAACUGGCUGCUGAAAAGAAACGCAUCCUGCACUGCCUGGGGCUUGCAGAAGAAAUCCAGAAAUACUGCCAUCCAAAGAAGUGAGAGAAGGAAUGAAGCAAUGCAGCACUUCCAAGAUGGGACCAGAAGUUUUUUUGUUUUGUUUUGUUUUUUGUUUUUUCAAUCAGAAAUUGACCUUUAUAGCUCUUCUUGAAAUUAAACAUGUUGGAUAAACAAGACUCACUUCUGGUUGUUAAAACCUGCGUUGGGAGGUGAAAUCUGGGGUGGAGGCCAUGCAAUGGGGAGGAGAGAGGAACUAACCGUGGUUGAGCUGAACUAAAUGUUUUGUGUGCCUGACCUCAUUUACUCUUCCUAAUAGCCUUUCUGGAUGGUUAUUACCAGGCCUGUCCACUUCUGCACACUGAAACAUCUUGUUUGAAACCAUCAGAGUAAAUAGCCAAGGUCAGACUCCGAACCCACUCAUGCUCUGAAAUACGAAAUAGUGCCCUACUUUAAAGAUUUUUAUUUUCUUCCACAAACUUUCACUGGGUGACUAUGCUAGGUGCUGGUAGUUAUAAAAAUGGGUAAGACGUAGCCGCUGCCCUCAAUAACUCACAGUGUGAAAAGCUAAUCGGCCAUACAAACUGGCCAUUAUAAUGCAGUAGGUCCAGUGAAAGAGAUCUGUGCAGGGGAGAGUUCCAAACCCAUUCUCGAUGAUGACUAGGUUAGCUAGCUGAAGGUCAGGGUAGGUCUUUCCUGCCAGAAGACCGGCACGAGCAAAGGAAUGGUAGUAAGAAACAGCCUAGAGAGUGCCCUGGGAACAGUCUUGCGGAGGGUAUGGUUUAUCAGGCAGUGAAGAACUGCUGAAGAGUGCUACAGAGAGGUGGCAUGAUCGGUUUCCAGUUUAGGUAAAGUACUCAGAAGGCUGCCUGGAGGAGGCAAGGAUUGAGACCAAGGGGACAUCUAGCUGAAAACCAGUGGAUCUACACUUGCAGCCUUGCCUCAUCUGGACCAGCUGUCCAUGAUGCAUCAGACCUUGCUGCUCCUCAUACAGAGCUGAGUCUCAGGAAGCUGCUGUCCCUUUCAUGGGCAUUCCUAUAGCAUCUUCCAUGAAGCCCGUGCUGAAUCUCUUGCUUCUGUGACUCCAGUUGUGGGUUUUUGCUAUUAUUCCAUCUCCAUAAUAUAUCCAGG